AUGGGAAGUGACGUUCAGCGGAUAUACAUUGAUAUGGUAGAAGCUGCCUCCCUCACCUGGUUUGGAAGAAACAUCGCGGCAGGGGCAUCGGAAGAAGUUGACGACGAUGGCAACGACAAUGGCACUCGACCUUCCUCUCGCGAUGAGUCUCAACCAUCUUUCUCUGUCGCUCGGCAAGAGCUGCAUAGCACUUUUUCAUCUGAACCUCACUUUUGGCUCACCACGCCACGGCUGCAAUUCACCGCUCUGGCUGCGUAUUCCAACACUGAAAUUCUCGCCUCGUCUGAUUUAAUUCUUGUAAUUCACUUUCCUCUCCAGACAAUGUCCCCCGCCGGGUCCGGAUCGCUUGGCCUGGUCCUACUUGCCCACACCACUCGCUGCAUCAUCACGAUUUCGUACUUCUGCAUCGACCUGGCCAACGCCAACCUUCGCCUUUUCUCUCUUUGGGCCAAGUCUUGUUUUCUCGCGGCUAGUCUCAACUUCCAUUCCUUCACUCAGUCCAUCGCCAUCAUUGUUGCCUCUUCAAAGCACGCCCUUGGAGCCAGCCAGGUAACUAUCACCGUCCUCAUUUGGGCGAUUCCCUACAUCAUUUUCCUUGAGUGCGUCCUGUAUGUUGCCGCACUCAUCAUUCUGCUGGAAAAAUGCGAGACCGUCUAUCUGCAUCUUCGACCUCUUGGGCCUGUCCAGCGUAGCAGCGGACCGGAUCUUGAGCGUGCCGAAGCAAUCACCGUCGUUUCGAGCAUCAACGACACCGAAAAACAAUACUCAGACAUCUCCCAGCCGACCUCAGACGCUGAUUCGGGAAGAGGCCAUUCGACUCUUGGCCCUACUCGACAAGGUGGUAUCCUCAAGACUUCCCAAGCAAGCAAAGCUUAUGGAGCCCUCGAGUCUGUCAAUCCCGACCAUCGAAAAUCCCAAGGAGAAACCAACCCGCCUCUUCAGCGGCAGGAUGUCCUAUCCGGUCGUGGAAGCUACCAACCAUAUCUCACUUCUCAAAGACAAGCUACUGUCAAAGAUCGUCGAGUAUUGGGGGAGAUUUCCCACGCCAACGCUGACAAUACGCGCAUUCCAUAUUCAGAUGUGGCCGUUCUUACGCAGUGCGAGAGACUUCAUUCCCAAGAGAACCAGCUCAUAUCGCCUUCAGAAACAGCAGCCCAAUUGUCCAUGGCAAGAUCUCAUGGAGUUAGACGACUGUCAGCCAGUUUCACCACAGGCGGACCGUUGUCCAGCAAUCCAACUAUCGCCAGCUUCCCCGUCAUGGCCAUCAAAAAUACCACACACCUGCGAGGGCCGCCUCAUACAUCCGUGCCUCCCGAAAUCGAAAGAGGUGCGGAAGAGACGAUUGAAAGUUCUAGGAGAAACAGCCCUGAACUCGGAGGUCGUCAAAAGCAAUCAAGAUCGCCCAAAGGCGGAAUAGAGAAGCAGCGACUACCUAAAUCUCGCACUUUUACCGUUCUGUCCAACCUCACCGCCUCUCUCUCUAGAACAUCUCUAGCCAGCUUCACGGGAAGUGAUCGUAAGGCCUCUCUGCAGACAGUGGCAUCUCGCAAGACCAGCAGUUCUUCGACUCUUACAACUAGCAUUCCGACUAGAACCCCCACCCCCAUGUCUCCUGAGGUCAACCCACUCAUCAUUACGACAGCGCAGCCAUCGGCUUACUGGUCAGGUCGUUUCAUGUCUCUACAGGAUCGUUUCCAAGGCGAAUCCCUUCAAGAGCAGACUCUAUCAAUCUUUGUCACAGCCCACGCCUCCAAGGCCAGUAUUCUUGCGCAACAACGUGCCGCCUAUCAAGGCCGUGGCAAUCUACCUCUCAGCACCACAACAGCCCUCGACCGCUACGGCACUGCCGCUAUCCAAGAAGCUAAGCGACUCUCGGACGAAGAUAAUUGCAGUCUCCGCAUCUUCCUCCACCUCCAAGCACUUUGCGGUACACCCGAGGCCCAGAAAAGCUUGCACGCAUGGCAAGAGGCGUAUGCUCGAAGAACGGGACGCAGCGUGCUCCUGCCAGAAGGCACGAACUCGGACAGGGGGUUCGUUGCGCGGCUCUUUAGUGGAAGCGGAGGUGGAAGACGGAGCUUCGGCAGCUCCCAGUUGGAGAGAGAAGCUGGUAAAGGCAAGCAAGGGAACGCCAUGCGAGCAAGCAUUAUGUGA